UCCAGUACGCUGAUCUCCAUAUUAAUGUCAUACACUUGACAUAAGGAACCACGGCUUUUACCAUCCAGCCAACGUUCUCCAUGUCCGAUUCUUCAUGCAAUGAAUGAAUGAAUGACUCGAAAAUAUAUCAGCAAGUGUCGUUGAAGGAACGGUCAGUGCGCACAGUUUGUUUACCAAACGCACUGGCGCAAGCUUUCCAACCAGCAGAAUACAGCGCAGCCAUCAUUUGACUGCUCGACCAAUGCCGGUCUCGGCCGCCAGAGAUCCUGUUGGGAAAACGAAGCAUGUUCGUUUCGCAAGGAUGGAGGAGGAUGAUAAUAACGAUGACCAAGAGGAACAUACUCUGUUUGACAAGAGGAAAGACACAAGGCGAGGGGUGAUGAGUGUAAUGAAAGGGAGGCAGGAGAGUUCGAAUUCGGGGUUUGAUGGUGAGGUUGAAAUCAUCGGUGAAGUUAGUAGCGCCAGCGGUUCUGGAGGCUGCAGCGGCUGGAUCAUCACCUUGGCGCUCUGUGCAUCAUUCCUCGGACUGGGGAUGAGUAUCUCUGUUUUAGGCCCCACGUUUCAAGACCUGGCCAUCAACGUCAACCAGGACAUCAGCAAUAUCUCCUACAUCUUCGUAGGCCGCUCGAUGGGCUAUAUAGGCGGCUCUGUGUUGUCCGGGAUUCUCUUUGACUGCAUGAACAGCCUUCUUCUGCUGGGCCUUUCCAUGUUGGUCACAGCGUUUGGGAUGUUUGCAAUCCCUUUCUGUAAGACGGCCCUUCUCCUCACUGCUCUGAUGUCCAGUAUUGGAGUUUCUAUGGGCUUUCUAGAUACAGGUGGUAAUGUCCUGAUCUUGCAGACAUGGGGAGAUCAGGCUGGCUCGCACUUGCAGGCCUUGCACUUCAGCUUCGCCGCGGGGGCCUUCGUCUCGCCCAUCAUCGCCAAGCUGCUCUUUGGAACAGACUUAGACCGGGAUGUGGCUACGAAUGGCAGCAUGGCAGCCCCGCCGGCAACAUCAACCUCUCCGGCAGUCACAGACAAUAUGCCCCAAACACCGCCCUCUUUUAUACCCGGAAGCUAUGUCCUCAGUAGCAGCACCCUCAACUCCAUGUGGGCCUACAUUGUGAUCAGUGGUUUCAUCCUGUUAAUCUCCCUCCUCUUCUUCAUCCUCUACGCCCGCCACAGGCCCUCUCAGGGCAGGGCCCAGACCCCCUCAGGGAAGCACUUGGUGUCCAAGCAUCACAACGCACUCAUCGCCAUGCUCUUUGUCUUCUUCUUCUGGUACGUGGGGGCCGAGGUGGCGUACGGCUCCUUUAUCUUCACAUAUGCUAAGGAUUAUAUCCAUAUGGACGAGGCCCAGGCAGCAGGGCUCAACUCCCUGUUCUGGGGGACGUUCGCUGCCGGCCGGGGCCUGGCCAUCUUCUUUGCGACCUGCAUGCACCCAGGCACCAUGAUCCUACUGAGCCUGGUGGGCUGCACCCUGUCCUCCCUGUUCCUUACCCUCUUCAGCAGUAACAGGGUGGCCCUGUGGAUCUGCACUGGUGUCUAUGGUGCCUCCAUGUCGACCACUUUCCCCAGUGGGAUCUCCUGGGUGGAGCAGUACACCACAGUGACGGGGCGCUCGGCGGCGGUUUUCGUGGUGGGGGCGGCCCUGGGGGAGAUGGUCCUGCCCGCUCUGAUGGGCUUCCUGCUGGGGAGGAUCCAUGGUCACCCCCUGUUGAUGUACCUGACCCUGACCACCGCCACAAUCACCUCCAUCCUCUUCCCCUUCAUGUUCUGGCUGGCCUCGUCCCCCAGCGGCCCCAGCAGGACACCCCGCAUCAGGGGCCGCAAGGAGCCCGACGACAGUGAGUACCGCCAAGGCCUGUUGGACUCAGGAGCCAAUGACGAGGAAGAGGAGCAGCAGGAGGAUGACGAGGCAGACCAGUGGAAUGACGCCGACUUUGAGGUAAUCGAGAUGGAUGACACCAGCCUUAUAAACUCUCCGAAUAAAGCAUUAUCUCAUAGUAAAGCGCUCUCUUUAUCUCCUAAUAAAGCGCUCUCUUUAUCUCCUAAUAAAGCGUUGUCAUCUCCUAACAAAGGGCUCCCACCACCUGAUGUUACGGGGACAUCAGGCGACAUCAGUGCCACAUCUGUCCCCUCUACUGCCCAGUCCCUAGAGCCCACAGUUGGGACCUCUUUUUCAGACUCUCCCCCUCUGCUGGAGGACUCACCCGGACAGAAAAUGCUGCUUUCCCUGGACCGGGAAAAGAGGGACUAGGGGCUUUAUUCAAACCAUAUCGCGGAAAUUCAGCGUGAUUGAAAUUUAAAGGCAAUGUUCCCGCAUUAGCAGAGAAUAUUCACUGUAAACGCUGCAUAAAUCAGCUCAAUCCAAAAUGACUUUUACAUUUCUAUUGCGCAAUCUGUAAAGCUUCAGCGAUCCAGAUUAAAUAGAGCCCUUACAUGCUUAUUUGAUUUAACUUGGCAAGUCAGUUAAGAACAAAUUCUUAUUUACAAUGACGGCCUACCGGGGAACAGUGCCUUGUUCCGGGGCAGAACCACAGAUUUGUACCUUGUCAGCUCGGGGAUUCGAUCUUGCAACCUUUCAGUUACUAGUCCAACGCUCUAACCACUAGGCUACGCUGCCGCCUCAUGUGCUCUUCAAUUUGUAUUGCUGAAGCGUUACGGAUUGCGCACUAGAAAUGUAAAUCUAACGCUUCAGCGAUACAAAUUGAAGAGCCUUAAACCUGGGAUUCAAUCCGAUCAGCGGCAAGGCCAGGACUCAAUCCAAUUGCGCUUUGUCCACAAUGGUCCUUUUAAAGGCAUUGUUCCCUCGUUCGCGGAGACCGCAUUCACAGUAAAUGCUGCAUAUGUCAGCUAAAUCGGAAAUUACCUUUUUUAAUGGCAGUCACGAAGUGCAAUCGGAAUGAAUCACGCCUAGGGGCUCUAGUCUGGGUGUGAAAUGCACCAUGAGUGCUGUAAAGACGUUACAAUAAGUAUUUUAUAUAUUAGUAUUAUAGAAGAGCCCCGUCUUCCUCUCGAGAGAAACUUGUUUGUUAAUGUCUGGUUGUUUGUCAUGUGCUUCUUUAGCUUGUUAACACUCACAUGUAAGGGCUCUAUUUAAUCUGGAUCGCUGAAGCUUUACAGAUUGCGCAAUAGAAAUGUAAAGGUCAUUUCCGAUUGUGCCGACAUAUGCAGCGUUUACCGUGAAUGCAGCCUUUGCUAACGCGGGAACAUUGCCUUUAAAUUUCAAUCAUGACUUAACGCUGAACUUCCUGCGAUACGGAUUGAAUAGAGCCCAAAAUGUUUGACACUACGGAUUUACAGUGCAAUGUGACUUACCCCACAGCUUAUGUCUACUACGUUAUUUGAGGCUGUGUUUAGGGGGAAACGUUUAGGCCUCUUACAACGGUUGCUGGUAAUGAAUGAUAAAAGUAGGAAUACGGAAGAAUCACCAAUGUAACACUGAAAAUAGGUUCCUUUAGAUGUAAUUUCUUUGUCAUUCAUAUUUAGUAAUAUGUGAAUUAUCAGCAGUUAAAGAUAGGGAUGUUAGCCACCAAUGUGGCCUGAUUAUGAAUUAUGUUUUUGUCAGACCUUUGAAUCAAGUUCGUUUUCUGCACUUUUUUGUAAAAAAAAAAAAUAUCUUUUAGAAAACCAUUUAGAAGUGUUGUGCAGUGAUCAGUUGUAGUUUUUCAUUCAGAUGUGUGAUAAUAACUUGAUCAAUCUCUGAAUUAUUCUAUUAAAACAAUGAAAAUCAAAACCAUGACAAAAUACAAAUACUAAUACAUGGAGUUUUAUUAAACCAAUCUUCAACCUGCACCCACAGCAAUGUCCAUUAAAAACGGGAAAAAACAACAACAUUUCCUUCAUUUUUCUUUUUACAUUUAUACAAAUCCACAGAUCCUGUGUAUAGUUGUUUUGGGAAACAAUAGAAUCCAUCUUGACAUGGUUAGAUGAAAUAUGCUGUUAACAUGGAGAAAGCAUUAAAAAAAAAGAUGCUUAAGGAAAUAAUAUUCUCUUGCCAUAAAUUAUCAAAAUACAGUAUUGCAACAGUCCCAGAAGUAAAAACUGAAAUGAAUAAUCCCCAUCAGUGUCUCGGAGUAUAAGGAUAAUGCUUUGCCAAA